GUACAUUUUACUUUUACACUCUGCUCAUCCUCUUCUUCUUUGCUCUCCAAUGGCCGCCGUUUCUACACUAGAGUCACCAACCUGCUUCCUGAAACCUUCCUCAGACUCUAAGAUCCCUCCUUCCAUCUCAAAGUUUUCACCUUUUCUUUCGUAUUCGGUCUCCAUAUCUAACAAGACCUUUCACAAGUCCAAGAGUUUGGUGGUCUCUGCUGCAAGUUCUGAUAAUAAAACCAUUGAUAGCUGCUUUCCUGCCCCGGCUCCCACUCGCCCGAAGGUGAGACGACACACAAUUUCUGUGUUUGUUGGGGAUGAAAGUGGAAUGAUAAAUCGUAUUGCUGGUGUCUUUGCAAGGAGGGGAUAUAAUAUUGAAUCCCUUGCUGUUGGUCUGAAUAAGGACAGGGCACUCUUCACCAUAGUUGUUUCUGGAACUGACAAUGUUCUGCAGCAAGUAGUGGAACAGCUUCAGAAACUUGUUAAUGUUUUGAAGGUUGAAGAUAUCUCAAAUGAGCCCCAGGUAGAACGUGAACUAAUGCUUAUAAAAGUGAAUGCAUAUCCAGAAUUCCGUGCUGAGAUUAUGUGGCUAGUGGACAUAUUUAGGGCGAAAAUUGUGGAUAUUUCUGAACACUCAUUAACAAUUGAGGUAACUGGAGAUCCAGGGAAAAUGGUUGCUGUGCAAAGGAAUUUAAGCAAGUUUGGAAUCCGAGAAAUUGCAAGAACUGGAAAGAUUGCCUUGAGAAGGGAAAAAAUGGGCGCUUCUGCUCCAUUCUGGCGAUUUUCAGCAGCUUCAUAUCCUGAUCUUGAAGGACCAACAUCUGUCAACGGUCUUGCAGGGGCAGAAGAUAAAUCAUAUGCCAGCGGAACUGAUACAUCUGCAGGGGGAGAUGUGUAUCCAGUGGAGUCAGAUGAUGUCCUUCCGUACAAUCAAGUGCUUGAUGCUCACUGGGGUGUCCUUAAUGAUGAAGAUACAAGUGGACUUCGGUCGCAUACUCUGUCGAUGAUUGUAAAUGAUUCUCCAGGAGUUCUUAACAUUGUUACAGGGGUUUUUGCUCGAAGGGGCUAUAACAUUCAGAGUUUGGCAGUUGGACAUGCAGAAACAGAGGGGCUUUCACGAAUUACAACUGUUGUUCCUGGUACAGAUGAAUCAGUUAGCAAGUUGGUGCAGCAACUUUAUAAGCUAAUAGAGAUACAUGAGGUUAGGGAUCUUACUCAUCUGCCAUUUGCUGAACGAGAAUUGAUGAUGAUAAAGAUUGCUGUAAACGCCACUGCCCGACGAGAUGUCCUUGACAUUGCCAGCAUCUUCAGGGCCAAAGCUGUCGACGUGUCUGAUCAUACAAUCACUCUUGAGCUCACAGGAGACUUAGACAAGAUGGUUGCAUUGCAGAGAUUAUUAGAGCCUUACGGCAUUUGUGAGGUAGCACGAACAGGGAGGAUAGCAUUGGUUCGUGAAUCAGGUGUGGAUUCCAAGCACCUCCGCGGAUAUUCGUUUCCUCUAUAAUCGAAGACUAGGGAAGCUCAAUUUGUUUUAUAGGUCAAUAGAUGUGUUUUGUUCACAGGAAAGGAGAAUUUUAUAAGUUUCCCAGAGAUUGUUUAGAUUGUGGGUUUUGUCGGGAGUUUUCAAUCGCUCUUAUUUUUGCUUGUUCUACAUAUCAGCUUUGAUCAUGUUAGACUAUGCUGAGUUUGUCUUAAGAGCAUUGUUUAACAUGUUAAAUGAUGAUUUUGAUAGGCUUAAUGAUAGGGUUCUCUUGUAAACAAGGCUGAAGUUGAUCCAGUUCAAGCUCGAACAAAGUUUAGCUUGAGAUUGUCUCGAAUUCUUAUAAACAAUUUCACUUUGAGUUUGAUC